GAGAAGAGAUUAGAUUUUGCUUUAUCCACUCCUGUUUGAUGAUGCAGGCGCUACGUGUUCAAGCGCAUGCACUGCGGCGGCGAGGUGUCGCAUGCAGCUGCUCCUCCUAUCGAACUUCCGCCGGGUGCCUUUUCAGCGGAGGCAGGGCCAGAAGCCCUUUCUUUAAACGGAACACAAGCGUUUGUAGCCGUGAUGUUUCGGAGCCGCGCCGAUACGCGUCUUCUUCUACCGAAGAUGUGCAGGACAACAAUGCGGCGGCAAAAGAGAAAAAAGAGGACCCCGCCAGUCCAAAAGAGGCAGAGGGCACUGCGACAGCCAGCGGCGUCGACCCUCAGGAGCCGCCGCUCGACUCGGAAGCCGCAGCCGCAAAGCGACGGGCCGCACGUGAAGCCAUCAUACAAGAAAUCAUCUCGCGUGACAAAGUCAUCUUUGAACUCAAGCGACAGCACGAGCUCAGCAUGCUGCGCGUGGAGCAGAAUCAAGCGCGUGUCCUCAAAGACCAGGAGGACCGUGGCAUGUACUACGAACAGAACAGUAACGUGCACACCUUCGAUACGAUUUCCGUGGGGCUCUACUCACAGCGCAGCACACUCUACCACACGAUGAGCGCGGAGCGGCUGCGCAACGUAAAAAUAUUUCUCAUGGUCUUCACCACCUUCGCCACGUGCGCCUACUUAUACUACCGCUACAUCAUCAACCCGGAUUGGACGUACGUGGAGAAGCCGUUGAAGAUGAUUGGCAGUCGCGUGCAAGCGGUGCGGGAGCAGCGGUGGAGGCUCCUGUCAGGGGAUGACAAAUUGGAAGAGCUGCGUCAAAGGGACAAGGAAUACGCCUCUCAACAUGAGUAA